AGACAGACGGGAGCUAAUAUAAACGUGCUGCCCUUCACUCGGGGCUAACAGGGGCUAAGAAAACAGCGCUACCUCUGCCACUGACCUCCUGCGCUUCAAAGAGACAGCGGGACGCGCUGAGCUCCGGCCAGCGGCCAUGGCCACGCUGGAGGGCUGCCGCUGUCGGGGUGCCAGCGGGCGAAACAACAACAAUCUCUACAGCAUUUUGAAGAGUGACAGCCUCGCGACCGCCGAGGAACACCAACAACAACACCCCCAAGAACAACAACAAACAUUGCAACACUUGCUCCACAAGACCUCCUCCUCCGCCGCCCCAGCGUCGCUGCAGGAGCUCCGGCAGCAGGCGUGCUCCUGCGGAUCGACGCGGCGCCGCGGAGUCCUCCGCUCCCCGCAGGUGACGUGCAAAGCCGCCUCGGCGGUUCUGGUGAAGACGCUGCGGUUCGUGAAAAACGUCCCCUGUUUUCGCGAGCUGCCGGAGGACGACCAGCUGAUGCUGAUCCGGAGCGGCUGGGCGCCUCUGCUCGUGCUGGGGCUCGCGCAAGACCGAGUGGACUUUGAGACCACGGAGACCGUGGAGCCCAGCAUGCUGCAGCGCAUCCUCACGGGUUUACCGGACAGGCAGGGUGAGGUGCUGGCCGGCCAGAGCAGGGGGACAGCCGGGGUCUCUGUCGUGGAUAUCGAAGCGAUUAAAGCUUUCCUGAAGAAGUGCUGGAGUGUAGAUAUCAGUACGAAGGAGUACGCGUAUCUGAAGGGGGCUGUGCUGUUCAACCCAGAUGUGGAGGGUCUGCGCUGCCUCCACUACAUCCAGUCCCUGCGUCGCGAGGCGCACCAGGCUCUGAACGAGCACGUCAGGCUGAUCCACCGCGAGGACACGACGCGGUUCGCCAAAUUGCUCAUAGCUCUGUCCAUGCUGAGGGCCAUCAGCCCGCCGGUGGUCGCUCAGCUCUUCUUCAGACCCGUUAUAGGGAGCGUCAGCAUCGAGGAGGUGCUCAUGGAGAUGUUCUACGGAAAGUAGGUCCCAGUCCACAGAGGACUGAGAUGAAUUCAGCUGCCAGAUGGGACUGAAAGGCCCCAAAACUCUUAAUGGGUGGGAGGUGAGGGCAGAUGAAGAAGAUAUUAGAGACUGAAUUUACAACUACUGUAUGUGGGAGAUCUUCAAGGACUGGGACAUGAUCAACACAAGUGUGUGUGUGUGUGUGUGUGUGUGUGUGUGUGUGUGUGUGUGUGUGUGCGCGCGCGCGAGAGAGAGAGAGAGAGAGAGAGUGAGAGAAAGGAAGAAUGUCGAAGGCGAGAAAUGUUAUAAUAGAGGAAAAAUACAAAGCAGCUGCUGGAAUUCAUAACUUAUUUGUUUUUAUAUAAACUAUUUUUCUAUAAUAAA